AGAAAAGUACCAUAAUACAAUCUGUUUAUGUGUGUUUACCGGAAAUUUUACACAGUCCAUAAACCACCCACACAGAUACUCAAAUUCACGUUUGUAUAAACUACAAAACAGUUCUUAGUUGAAGUCCCGCUACUUACCUGAGCGAUGAAAAAAAAAUCGAAAUGAAAGAACAGUGGAGGUUACAUUGGUGCAAUUGUAAAAUGAACAUAAAAUAUACUAUAUGAAUUGGGCAUAGCAUAUUUCUUCACUACUCCCAUCAUGUCACAGUCGUGGAAGGAGUGGUGACAGGUACAGUACGGCAGCAGGGUCUGAUUCACUGUCACGAUCGCUUUGCAUCACAACACUGCCCAACACUCGGAGACAAUGUUCAAGAAACCCUCACCCAGAGACCAAAUGAAGGCCAAUGAACGGCAGCUACGCAGAGUUGGCCGAGAUGUGGAGCGGGAUAGAAGAGAACUGGAAAGAGAAGAGAAAAAACUAGAAAAUGAUAUAAAAAGACUGGCAAAAUCUCCAGGCAACAAAGAAGCUGUGGCAGUUCUUGCCAAACAGCUCGUUAACAUCAGAAAGCAGAAAGCAAGAACCUAUGCUGCAAAUAGCAGGAUAUCAUCUGUGGCAGCUCAACAAAAGGGCAUGCAGGCAAAUGUCAAAUUGGCAGGUGCUAUGGGUACAGCAACAAAGACCAUGGUUAACAUGAACAAGAUCAUGAAGCCGGAGGAUAUUGCCAAGAAUAUGAAAGAGUUUGAGCAAGCCUCUGCAAAAUUGGAUAUGACUGAUGAACUUAUGAAUGAUACCCUUGAUGAUAUACUAAAUGAAAGUGGAGAUGAAGAAGAAAGUGAUGCCAUUGUGAAUCAAGUUUUAGAUGAAAUUGGCAUCGAAAUUGGAUCAAAGGUGGCAGGAGCACCAUCAGCAAGGGCAGAUGCAUUAGGGGAUACAAGUAAAUCCAGAGUCCUCUCAGAUGAUGAAUUAGAACAAUCCCUUGCAAAGUUGAGAGCUACAUAAGUGUUCUUUGAGUGUGCUAUUCUUAUCAUCCUGAAACUUUUCCUUACACUUCAUUUAACAUUUAAAAAAAAGAUGUACAGCAAAUUUAUCUAUUGGCUGUGUUGUCAUUUUUCAUAGGUGACAACCAUUCAUGGAAAAGUUUUCUUGUAAAUACAUGAAAUAUUUUAAAGUGUACUUACACCAACUUAUAUGUAAUAUAGCUUGCUUUUCUAAUAUUUCUGCAAAAGGAUUUGUGAAAUCGUUGAAUAAUUUUAUUUAUUAUAGUGUGGGUUUUGUGUAAUGAGAAAAGGAAAAUUUGUACAUGAUGUUGGGUUUUGAGAAAUUUAUUUGUAUAUUGUAAGGAAAUCAUGUAAAUUGAUUAUGUAAGUUUUGUUUUCCUCUUUUCUAUGGUGUGGGUUUUCCAUUGACUUUAAAUUUUUCUGAACUGAACUGGCUGCAAAAUUAUCAAAUUUAAUUUAAUAUACUUUCUUUUUUUGGUAAUUUAGUUGAGUUAAGAAUGUAAAAAAUAUAUUUGUGCAGUGGACUAUAAAGGUUUACUACUCAUGAAUGAAGGUCUGCGAGAAAUGGAAACCCACAGAUGAAAUGGACUGAGACUUAAUAAGCUACAGUUUCAGCAACUGUUAUUUAAUUAAAUAUUUCAAAUUGAUGCAAAACUAUUAAAACAAAAAUUUCUGCUACAUCUAAAGUGUCAUUGGCAUUGCUUGCUUGUAGAUGAGAAUGUAAGAAAUAACUGCUGCUGUUCAUUUAUGUGUUUGCAUUCAUAGUGCUUCAUUCUCACUUAGUAAGAGGUGAGGAAAAUAUCUUAUCUGCAAUGUAUGCAUUGGUUUGUAUACAGAGGUUAGCUCCCUUAGUUUGUCCAUUGUUCUCUCAUGUUUAACUUUCAUUUAUCUUUCAUAACCAUGUAGUUCUACUGUCUCUCUACCUUAACUACAAUACUCUAUUCUGGUACACCAGAGCUUUUGUACCAAUUUUUUUUUCAUCCCAAUCCCAUUUCCUUUAUUUUGCCUAAAACAAAGGCCAGAGAAAGGGAAAAUUUGAGCCACAUGGUAAAUCAUGCACUGUUCACUUAUGCACAGUAUGUUUCUAUUAUUUUUUCAAUAAUCACAGAAUCUAGUAUAAAGCCAGACUAACCUUGUCUCACUGGGAACAGAAGCAGAAUCCCAUGCCUUAAUCUCUUCCCCAUUCCUCUCGUAUACCAGCACAUGAAAGAACUGUACACAAAUGUGCUAUGAGCUUACUAGUUUUUGCAAAAAAAAUCAUCUGAACACACUUCACAUGAUUGAAGAACUAUAGUAUGUGGAAGUCAAGUCAUGAGUAAUCUGUAGUAUUUAUAGAUAUUUGGAAUGUGAGCAUUUUAUGAUGCAUGCCAUGCAUUACUUAGGUGUCAUAAGAGGCAAUAGGAAAGGACAAUGAUGGAAGGAGUGGGGAAGCUGAUAUUUAGUAUUUUUUCUCUGCAGUAGCCAAGGAAACUGCUUUCUUGGGUGCUGCAUUACAUGUACCAAAACUACCUGAAUUCUCAAUUAACAGGAUUAAUUUGUGUAACAAUGAAGGUCACAUAUUUAAAAGUUAUUAAAAAUAGGAAUAGUUUUUUAAAUUAAUGGUGUGUAUAGUAUUUAAAUAAUACAGUAUUCAGUACUACCAUACAUAUGAACAGCCAUUCUCACAUAAACAAAUGAACUAUGGUUUGAUUAAUGACAAAUUUCAGUAUUAGUACUAAGCUCUAACAAACACACUGUUGUUGUUUUCUGCCAAAAUGCUCUUGUUCUGAGUCUGAUUGAAAACUAUCAACAGACUUGGACUCAAGAGUAUUAAUGAGUUGUGCAUUAUAUUCAAGUGUUUCGGUUGACUGAGUACUCCCUACCGGAGUGUGAUAUAAAUUUAUGAUUGGCUGCCCAAGCAUGCCCUGGUUGGAAACUUGGAAGCCUUGACCUGAAAAGCUCACCUGCAUAAUCAUUAAUAAAAAAAAAAGGAAAAGAGAAAAGCAGCUUCUGGAAACUUGAUGGCUUUCAAAUGUAUGUCUUCAUGCUAUCUCACCUCUGAUAUCUUCAGAUUUUAAUAUAUAGAGUUAACUGAUUGAUAAAUGUUUGCCAAGUUAAAGUGUAUGCAUUGCAAUAAUUGUAAAAAAAAGUGUUUACCUGAUUUGAUAAUUCUGAUUUCCAAUGGAAUAUAUUUUUUUAUAUAAGAAUUUGCCAAAUAAAGCACCAACAUUA